UGAGAUAGUAAUUGAGUGCCUUCCAGUCAACAAUAACCUGUGGACUGGUGGUCAAUCGCUGCACUUUGGUGCAUCGGCCUGCCACUGGGAUGGGUUCGGUACACACUUCGCCAUUCGUCACUCUAAAAAAGUGCCUCAGAGACGCGGAGGGACUGCGAGUCAGAAGUGUCCGUGUAGCCUGGAGCUCCGCGGGCGACGUGCGGCUAGAGACGCACCUGUGAUCCGAGCUGCGGACCAUCUUUACCCCCCCCCCUCCCCGCCCCCGCGUAGCCUCUCCUUUUCCGCCUCCAGCACAGCACUAUCUGCGUCUCAAGAGAAUAACCGAUCGGUCAGGUGUCACAACGCCACGGCGUGAGGCUGCCAUGACCUCCAGGGACGACUCUAACUUUCCAGCGGUGCUGGACGUGCGGAGGCGCAGUCCGCUGGACCAGCUGCCGCCGCCGGCCAACUCCAACAAGCCGCUGACGCCUUUCGGCAUCGAGGACAUCCUCAACAAGCCACCGGUGAGGAGGAGCUGCUCCCUGAGCGGCACGCCGCAACACUUCUCCGGAGAGAGGCUGCUCUCAGGCCGGGCGCUGCUCAGCCAGACCUCCCCGCUCUGCGCGCUGGAGGAGCUGGCCAGCAAAACCUUCAAAGGCCUGGAGGUCAGCGUGCUGCAGGCAGCCGAGGGCCGGGACGGUCUGACGGUCUUCGACCAGAGAAAUAACACGAAAAAGAGGCGAAAGUCCCGCACGGCGUUCACCAACCACCAGAUCUACGAGCUGGAGAAGCGCUUCCUCUACCAGAAGUAUUUGAGUCCGGCGGACCGAGACCAGAUCGCCCAGCAGCUCGGUCUGACCAACGCGCAGGUCAUCACCUGGUUCCAGAACCGGCGGGCCAAGCUCAAGCGGGACCUGGAGGAGAUGAAGGCGGACGUGGAGUCCGCCAAGGUCGCGGGCACCGUGGCCAUCGAGAAGCUGUCCAAGCUGGCCGAGCUGGAGAAGUGUGCGGCCGGCGUUCUGGGCGGGGGGACCGUAUCCGACCCGGUCUCCUCGCGGUCCCGGUGCGACAACGCGGAGGGGCUCGACUACAACAGAGAGCGCAUGUUGCCUCCCUCGCCUGCGUCGUCCUGGUGCACAGACCGGCUAACCAGCAAGUGCUGUUCGGGGGAUGAAGAUGAGGAGAUUGACGUGGACGACUAAACAAAUAAUUGCGUAGCGGUUUGAAAUGUCAAACAACGCGAUGUUACCGGACAGAACAUUGUUCCGUGACGCGGAUUCCAUCCAUUACGCGCGGGACGCGCGGCACACCUACAACCGCCUCGAUGCGUUUAAACCGAGAGAAGCCGUACAGGACCGCUGCUUUCUGGAGGACCACACGAAAUGCGUGCCAUUCAGAAUGGUAUGACGCGAACCCGCAGGUGCGCCUUCUGCGCAGAACCACCGUGACACGAGAUAUCAUGUUUUCUCUGGAUCUGACGUUGGCCUCUAAUUGCAAAUAUUUUUUUAAUAAGCUCAGUCAUUGUUCUAAAAUGGUAACCAAACACAGAACGGGCGAAUAUCUUGUAAUAAACCCCGAUUUGACUAUAUUUAUAAUGCUUUGUACAACCAUUUAAGUGCCUUUAGGACAGAACACAAACAACUGUAAAAAUGUAAAAUACUAAUAAUAUCAAUAAUAAUAAAAAUGUCCAAUAUUUGGCCUUCUUGCACAUUUA